AAUCUAAAUCAGCAGUGUGCUUCGUAAUUCGAACAGGAAAGAAAGAAAGAAAUAAUCAUGUCAAUUUUAAAGAAUUUAUUAUUCUUCUCAUUUAUUUUGGGACUAACUACUGCUGCCAUCCUUCGGGAGGACACAUUUGACCGCGAUCCAAAGAGGCCACCUCCAAAUGGAAACUCAUCUUUGGCACCUCCACCAGAGAACUCUUCUAGGCCACCACCACCAGGCAACUCGUCCUUGGCACCCCCAGAAGACAACUCAUCUGAGGCUCCUCCACAAGGGAAACCAACUGGGAUACCACCACCAGACAAAUCAUCUUUGGCACCACCACAAGGCAACUCAUCCUUGGCACCACCACCAGACAACUCUUCUUUGGCACCACCACAAGGGAACUCAUCUUUACCACCACCACCACCACCAGGCAACUCAUCCUUGCCACCACCACAAGGGAACUCAUCUUUAGCACCUCCUUCUGGAAAACCUCCACUAGUUCCAGGUGAAAUUUCCAACGCACCACAAAACAAUAUCGGUAAUGAAAAUGGUUCUUGGUGGAAGAAAUUAUGGUGAGGCUUGGUUACACAUCUUAAGUGCCAAAAAGUCAGGCACCAGAAGCUUGAAAAGUAAUUGUGGAUAAAAGUAAUUUUCAUAAAUUUCAACUUGAAAAAAAUUAGUUUGAAAAGUAGCAAACUUUCCAUAAAAAUUGUUCAAUAUAUAAAUUUAAAAAUUCUUUCUGUUGGUGAAUGUAAUAAAUAUAAUUAUGAAUGCUUUAAA